AUGGCUUCUUGGUUUCGCCCCGAAAAAAAAGACGACCAAAAACAUCUUCCUCCUCCGCAACUGAAAUCAAGAAUACCAGUCAGAAUGACUCGCCUAUGCAGUGGGAAUGUCAGAAGUUCAUCUUCAAGGGACAAAGCAGAUAAAAAAGUGCGUCUGCAAAAAGAUUUAGAGAGCAAAGUUCAAAGUAAGCGGUUAUCGCGGAUUCCGAUUGCGGUGAAUGGGAGGAAGACCAAAGUUGAAUCAAAAGAUAAUCUACCCAUCAAUUUCAAAACUAUUCAAGGAGGAAAACCUCUUGAAAGAGAUUCAGGUAUGUUUGUUUCUCAGCAGUUAGCCAGUAUCAAUUUUUUCACCGAAGUAAUAUAUCGAAAAGAGAUAGAACGGUUUCAGGCGAACGGCUAGAAUUACCAUAUUGUCUGUAUCAUAACAUACGCUGUAGGUAAAAGAAGCAGCAACUGAGAUAAAUUGACGGAAACCACGUUGUACAGCCAUCAGCCAUCUUGUUUAUUUCAAGCCACUUAGUCGAUGCUCGUUUGCUCAAACUGGAGGCAAUUUUCUGUAGAGACAGCCUCAUAACAUUUGCUAAAGAAAUGAAAAGCUUGCACCUAAUUUUUCUUAGGGGGAGCUAAUUGGUAAUCUUGAUUUGAUCACAGGUAUUAAAUUGCGAGAAACUCAAGGCAAACAAGACAAGAAAACGGCAAGUGCCAUUCCUUUAACAACAGAUAAACAAAGCAGUUAUAGGCGCGCUCAGAAAACCACACCAAUUGUCAGGCGACGUGUACCCCGACAGCUUACACCAACAGAGACAAAGUCGGAACAGGUAAAUCUGGGAAGAAAAUGUCAUUUCAGUAAAUACCUGAGGUGAAGUAUUUCACAGUGACAACUGUCUCUUUUAGAGGGUCUAGAACUUAAUUAAUAUCGUGAUUAGCCUAUGUUUCACAUCUACGUGAAUUAGGAAUGUUAGGUUUAUGAGGGAUAUCCACAAAUAUAACAGCUGCUACGAAAACAACGCAUUUUGUGCUUAAAUAAUCAGGUAUGCAAGGAUGAGAAAGAAUCACGAGAAGAAAGCUCAGCUAGAGAGAAAUCAUCUGCAGCCAGGGCGGAAGAGGUCACGCCAAAUGUCACCACAGCUAAGCGAAGCAGUUACAAGCGCGCUCAGAAAACGACGCCAAUUGUUAGGCGACGUGUACCAAGACAGCUUACACCAACAGAGACAGAGUCGGAACAGGUAAAUCUGGGAAGAAAAUGUCAUUUCCGCAAAUACCUGAGGUGAAGUAUUUCACAGUGACAACUGUCUCUUUUGGAGGGUCUGGAACUUAAUUAAUAUCGUGAUUAGCCUUUGUUUCACAUCUUCGCGAAUUAGGAAUGUUAGGUUUAUGAAGGAUAUCCAGAAAUAUAACAGCUGCAACAACAACAACGGAUUUUGUGCUUAAAUAAUCAGGUAUGCAAGUAUGAGAAAGAAUCACGAGAAGAAAGCUCAGCCAGAGAGAAAUCAUCUGCAGCCAAGGCAAAAGAGGUCACGUCAGAGCUUACCAAAGCUAAACAAAGCAGUUAUAGGUGCGCUCAGAAACCCACGCCCGUUGUCAGGCGACGUGUACCACGACAGUUUACACCAACAGAGACAGAGUCGAAACAGGUAAAUCUGGGAGGAAAAUGUCAUUUCAGCAAAUGUCACAGGUGAAGUAUUUCACGGUGACAACUGUCUCUUUUGUAGGGCCUGGAACUUAAUAUCGUGAUAAGCCAUUGUUUUACAUCUUUGCGAAUCAGGAAUGUUAGGUUUAUGAGGAGGAAUAUCCAUAAAUAUAACAACUGCAGCAAAAACAACGCAUUUUGUACUUAAAUAAUCAGGUAUGCAAGGAUGAGAAAGAAUCACGAGAAAAAUGCUCAGCAAGAAAGAAAUCAUCUGCAGCCAAGACGGAAGAGGUCACGCCAGAUUUUGAAUGUAAUGUUGCGCCUGUGCAUGAGGAAAAGCUUCGUAUGGGAGCCAAAUCAGAUUCCAGUGGUAGCGAGAUUGGCGACGACUUUGAAUGUUACUCAAAAUCUUGCGACGAGAAAGCAAUGCCCGAUGUCCCCCAAUGGCUAACAGAGAAGUACAAGUUAGUAUUCAUAUCUGCUCUUUUUAUUUUCUUUUACAGUCCGUGAACUUUUGUCUCUGAAUUUCAUUUCUGAGGCCAGUAGGGUAAAGAAUUCACAUGAUACAACAUGUAGCUGUGCACGCUUUCUGGUAAUCAAAACUUACUCCAUUCAGUGAGACAUCAUGAUUAUUAUAUCUAAUGCGUCUCAACGUAUAUUUGUGUGCUGGCCGCACUGCAAUAUACUUGUGAGGUCAAUUUGUCACAAUUGAUUCAAUAUAGAAAACAGUCUCAGAACUUCCGGAGAUUGAAGCAAAAGAAUAUGCGAAUUGGGGAUUGUCUGGUUUUAUAAUUCAAGGUUUCAGCAAACAUGGAAGUGGCUAGCUUUACGGUAGCAGAGUUUUCAAAGCUUAAAGGUUUUGCUAAGUUUUAAAUUCCUUAAAAGGUGAUUUUUGAUGAGCCGUAUAACAUAAACUUACGAGCAAUUUAUCUAAGACCUCAGUGUAGUUGACCAUUAUGAAUUAAUUUUGUGCAGGGAGACAGAAGAAAAACAGGAAAACAUAAAAAUCAUUAAAGGUGACACCACUGUUACAAGCUCGGCACAAAAUAUCAGACUGGAAAAAAAGUUUGGUUCAAAGAACAAGAUGGAAGAAAACGUUUUGAGCGAGGAAGAGUUGGACUGUGACUCUUUCACUGAGUCCAGCAGAUACGAACGGAAAAUGGCUGAGCUGAACGAAAAAUCCAGACAGCUCAAGGCACAGUUUGCGGAGGAAAACAGACAGGCUGUCGAAUCUAUGAACAAGACAAUGCAGGAGAUCAAACAGAGCCAGGCAAGGGAAGAUUGCAUCACAAAUGAGAUUGAGGAGAUACGACGGAGACGGGAUGAAAUAAAAGAAGACUUGAAACGCCUUGAUGAGAUCGGCCAAAGACGAGAGCUCGAGGAUAAAAAAUGGAGAGAAAAAAUGGACAAGAAGAAGAAAAGAGUCGCAAAUAGACUGCAGAAGAUAAGAGCCGAACGACGUAAAUAUCAAGAAGGGACGGCUGAUGAAAAUGACUCAACAGAGGGGUAUGAUCAACCGGAUGAGAAUUCCAGUGAAAGUCCAGAGAGUGAGAAAAGCAAAGAUUUCACCAUAGGAAACGAAACCGUUAUAAACAAAGACGCUGGUAACAAAGUGUUACGUGAGCCUUAUCAGAUCAUAGAGUACAAAAGUGUAAAAGAGCUGGAAAAGAAGCGGAAAGAAGUAAAGCAGUUGAAGAGACUGGAGAAGAAGGCGAUUAAAAGAGAGAAGUUAGAACAAAGAGAGCGUAAGAAGAUCGAAAAAAAGAAGCGAAAAGUUGCUCGCAAACUUGAGAAACUCUCAGCUAAGAGUUCAAAGGUUUCGGAAGAAACUACAGUAGUUGCUAAGUGUACAAAUGAGGCCAUAGAGGCUACGAAUACAACGGCGAAAGAGAAAAAUGAUGAAACCCCGAGAGCAAAUGGAAUUAAACCAUACGUCGACACCUCUUCAGAUAUCGCAGAGUCUAAGCAAGUUCAAGCAACUCACUCUUCUGGAUUAAUUACGGAUGGAGCGGAGGUUGAGAAAUUUGGAGAGACGUUGGCUGAAGUUGAUAGGCUUAUAUUGGGAGAUACAGUCUCUGUGGUCGACGAAACAGCGGACAGCCAACAAAGUAACCCAAAAUAUAGCAAGGAAGAGGUGCCUCGACAGGAUAACUUUGACUGUUUCCCUUAUGAAGUUGAGGGAGACAUGCACGCAGAGGAAAGCAGGUCUCAAGUUUCACAGAGUGCUGAGGAUGAGGACAACGAGAAAAAUGUCCAUGAAUGCGACGCCUUAUCGAGAUAUGAGCAAUCGAUAGCAGCAGUCGUCAACAUAACUGAAUAUUUAAUCCAACAAGAGUUGUCCAAGGCUUUGGAAACAAUUAUCCCUAUCAGUAAAAAAGAGUAUACAUCGCGAUCGGAAGAAAAGAUCUCAGAGGAAGAACCAAAGCUCCACAAACAAAAUGUGGAAAUGGAAUUUGGGAAACUUAAAAGGGAAAAUACCGAGCUCGAAAUGAAGAUUUGCAUCAUAAACGAGGAACUUGAAACGUACCGAAAGAGGAUAGAAACUUUACAGGCUGACCUGGAUGGGAGCAAAGCUGAGGUAAAGCGACUGCAGUCUAAGGAAGAGUACAAAGAAAGAGAGCUGGCAAAUUUACAAAGUUAUUUCCAGAGAAAGGAGCAAAAAUGGGAAGAUGCAAAUGAACUCUUGAAAAAGGUUAUGGUGGAAAGAGAAGAGUUAUGGGAUGAUGUUGAUUACUUGGAGGAAAGCUUGAAAGACAGUCAAGAAAGCAAUGAAACUCUGACAUUUGAGGUCGAUGAGCUGACGAUAAUGAUACAGGAGAUGAAGAGAGAGUACAGGGUGGAUCACAGUCGCUGGGGAUGUGGACACCUACGUGAGGAAGUAGAGUUACUAAAUGGAUCUCUGGAGUUGAAUGAACAGAGAACAGUUUUAUUAAAGAGCCAAGUGGACGCAUUUGAAGCAGAAAGAAAACAGUUAAGGGGCGAUGUUGAUUUCUUGGAGGACAGCUUAAAAAAACGCAAUGAACGCAAUGAAGAUCUGACGUUUGAGGUUGAUGAGCUGAAGAUGAAGAUGCAGGAAAUGAAAAGGGAGAAUACGCAGCUUAGUCGCCAUGGAUGCGGACAUUUACGCGAAGAAGUAGAAUUACUAAACGGAUCCCUGGCAUUGAAGGAGCAGCGAGUAACUCAGUUGGAGAGCCAAGUGGACGCGUUUAAAGAAGAAAGCUGUAGCUUUCAAAAUAUUGCGCAGAGCAUGGAAAGAGAAAUAGAGAUUCUUAAGAAGGAAAAUGUGACAAAGACGACGCAGUUGCAUAAGCUAAAAUGCGAAACAUCAAAGACUAUUAGUGAUCUUAAAGAUGACAUUGUAAAGUUACAACAAGAAAAGUCUGCAUUGUCAUCGGAACUAUCAAAGGAAUCAGAAAAAGGUUACCAGUUGUCUGAGUUAAGAUGUGAAAAAUCGAAAAUUACAGGAGCACUUGAAGAUCACAUAACAAGGUUGAGGAGAGAGAAUCGCACUUUGACUGCAAGACUAUCAAAGGCAUACGAAAAGGAUGACCAGUUGACUGAACUAAGAGAAAAAGUCCAACUUUUAGAGAAUCAGUUAAAAAAUGUAACUGAGGCGGCAACGGUGUCUGUGAACAGCAAAGAGAAGGAAAUGGAGGAAGAUUGGCGCAUCAUAAAGAAGCAAGAUGAAACGAUAAAAAGUUUAAUCGAAGAGAUAAGGCAGGAAAGAUGUGACAAGUACCGCCUCGAACUACAGUCUGAAAGAAUAAGAGAACUUGAAACUCAAUUACAAAGAAUGGAAGACAUGAAAAGAAACACAAUUCACUCAGUGGAUGCCUUAGUGCUUGAGGUGAAACAGGAAAGGUCAGAAAAAGACCUUCUGAGAAAAAGAGCCAUGGAAGCAGAAGAGGUUGGUUCUUAUAGAGAGAAAGAGCUUGAAAAGAGAAUUGAACUUCUUGAGAAUCAUUUACAUGAAAAAGAUGAGAUGACAAACGUCACUCUUGCAUCUCUAAAAAACAACGAAAGUUCACUACAGGAAGCUAAAGCCACUAUCGAUAUGCUCACAGAACAACUGGAACGAGAAAAGUCGGAAAAAGAGGCUCUGAAAAGGGCUGUCGAGGUGCUUGAGUGGAACUCUCAAAACGAAAAAAGAUUGACCGAGGACAUCGAAAGACUUGAGAAGCAAUUGAAAGAGAUGAAUGACCUACGGGAGGAGACUGUUAUAUCUCUUAAAGAGAAAGAAUGGUCAUUGCAGGAGGCUCAUGACGAGAUCAAUGAGUUAACUCAACAAAUAGCACACAAAAAGUCGAACAAAAAGUUUUUCAAGAGGAAGGCUAAGGCUAGAAAGGGUAAAGCUAAUGGACUGAAUCUCAUUAAAAAAGGAACAAAACGAUAUGCACAGGAGAGGGGUUCGUUUAUAGCAGGCGUGGGAAAACGGCUGAAGAACUUGGUACAAAGACCGAGAGGAGUGUCCGCAUCGAGCUUGGUAAUGAAAAAGAAGGAAGGCUAUGCAGAACGAGUGUUAGACAAAUUAAGGGAUGAUUUGAAUGAAAAAGGAGAAGUCAUUCAAGACUUAAGGAGUAAUUUCAAAGACACUGCUGAGGAAUUGUCGUCCAUGCGACGUCAGGUUGAAGAUAUUCAAUGCCAAAAUGCCGAGCUCAUACAGUGUCUUGGAAACAAGGAAGAGGAUCUUCAAAAGACGCAAAGAUACUUAAAAGAAAACGAAGCCAGCCUUGAUGACGCAAAUGAAACCCUGCGUUUGAAAUGCACGCUUCUCAAAACAAUGGAGGCCAAAUUAUGUCUGACGAAGAAAGAGAUUGAAGAAUUGACACAAGUCAACAAAGAGAAAGGCUUAGAGAUAACUCGCAUUGAGACAACCCUUACAGAAGUGAAAAAAGAGUUAGAUAUUGCCGCAUCCAUUAUCGAGAAGCAAAAUGAACGAUGUGCUAACCUUGAAGACGAAUUGAAACGCUUCUCAACUCAACUUGAAAAUAGCAGAGACGAGAACGCAAACCUACACAGAGCACUGUUAGCUGCUACAGCGCGUCUUACAAGGGAGAAGCAUAGGCAGUUCAGCGGGACUGAGUUACCGAAAGAUGGGCACGAAAGGAAGUCCUCUGAGUCAUCAUGUGAGGUGAGAUAUUUCCCUCCUUAAGCGCGAGACGCAAGAGCGAUGAGAGCGAUCUUGAAGCAGGAGACGAUGUACACGAAGAGUACACCAUAAGAUCCAAUUGUCAGCUUUCACUUUCUUUUUGGAAUUAAUUAAUGUGCCGUAAUUUUGACAUGCAUAUUUUCAAGCGUUUAAUUCAUUUUGUUUUCGUAUCAUCCGUAGGAAAGUACCUCUAGCAUCCUGAAAGCCAGGAGACACAUAGAUGCUUACAAAAUAACAUUUUUGGAAGACGAGAGUAAUGUGACAGGCAGUAGUCAGGGAGACACUGAAAAUAAAUGGUCAGUAAUGUACAUUUUUUUUGUUACUAGGAUAUGUAACAAUCAUACCAUUAAUGCAUUUUGGAUAUGAGAUGGUAAAUAGCCAACGAAAUUCGUAGCGCCGAGUUGAGUAUCACUAGUCUCAUAUCCAACAAGUGUCUGAUGAGAUUAUUGUUAAUUAUUCAAUUACAUUAAAUCCCGAACGUUUGGAUAUUUGAAGCUUUAUUCAGCUCUGCGCAAUGCAUUUCCAUGUAAAGUGACUCGGAAUAUGAGCUGAUAACCGGAGUUGAACGAACCAAUCAAAACGUUAGAAAUGCUAUAUUCGGGGUUGAAAAUUUAAUGAUAUGAUAUGGCUUUAGUUAAAGCUGCAACCCUCGUCACAACUGUUGUAGAAUGUAUAAUUUUUGCCGCAUAAAAGAGGCUGAGUAGUGAUAGGAGGGUUGGUGGUGAAUUAAAUCUAGACGAAGGUUUUUUGCUAGUGAAAACAAACCCUUUUGGCCCAAAAUUUUUAUACUAGGUUAUUCUAUGGAAAUUAUAAAAUUUGAAAGAUAGAUCUAGGAUCCACUGAUUACCGGCCGCGUAGUUACCUCUCAUAGCGCAUAAUCUUCUGUGGUAUUUCUAUACUUUCUCGAACUUCCCUCUGUCAUCGGAUAAUUUAGAAAUGAAUACUACCUACUACCUUUAAUUGCAGGUUGUAUACUUCUAGAUUGGACGAACAUCAGUUUGAAACACGGGGAGAUCAACAUUUUAACGGCGCCAGUACUAUCGCUGAGGUUGACCAUACUAUGCAGAACUUCUCAACACACGGAGCACCUAAUUCAGUUUCGACACUUCUGUGUAAUGGUUAAUGUUUUGCAGGAGAAGUUCCGAUGCAACAAAUUGGCAAACUGAGCCAAGUGCGAUGACAUAAGACAUAUUUUUAUCAUUGAAAAUUUUGGAUGCAGUUGAGUUAAUCUUGAAUUUUAUUUUAGAGAGGGUAUCCUUCUUACCUUCAAGAAAGCAUUCGUGCCCUGACGUUAUAUUAAGUGUAAAUACAUUAAAAUACUCUAAAAAGAUGUUCAUUUUUGUUCUGUGUUAGGGAAGGGGACAGUACAUAAUAAGAAAAGGAGCAACCUUCUUAUUACAGCUCACAGGCCCUUAGAAACAAGCCACCCUAAUCAUUCUGUUUAUGAACAUGACAAUUUCGGCAUUGCUGAUUGUAACAGUGUGCGCUUGCAAAAAAUGAACCUAGCAUCUGCUUGGCUUAUCCCGAAGUCUCUGCUGUAGCUCAGUUUUGUAGUAUUGUAGAGGGAUAUAUAAACAUCCGGGUCCUACGGAGGGUGGGGGGCUUAGAAUUUUAUUUGUCCCAUGAUCUUACAAAACGAACAGCACCGCUCAAGUUAAUGAUGUUGAAGCCCAAAAAUAUUCAUGUUCCUUGUUCUAUUAACUUGGAUUUAUUGCCUUUUGAUUAAUCGAGAGAGAAUCAGAUAGCUUAAGAGUGGAAAUCAUGUUCAAGUUUUUAAGUCUGCCUUGGUUGAGAAGUGUUUUGCCACUGUCUAUUUUUUACGCUACUUUCCAUUUUGGUCAAGCAACCAUUACAGAUUUCUAACCCUAUCGCUAAAUCGAGGAGUAUUGGGUCAAGUUCCUUCAAUCUACCAUCUUGCAAAUUUCGGGGAUAUGACAAAACAGCGACGCCCCGGUGAACUGACUCCCCCAAGUAAUUCCUUACUGAUCCCUUCACUGACCCUCUCUUAGAUUCGCUGGUAGUGAUAACGAAAUGAAAACUUGAUACCUUUAUUCUAUUAGAAUUUUUACCAAGUAAUAAAAUGGUUGACCCUUGUUGAAAUUGAGUGUGACCUGGGCACUACUAAUUUACCGGAAAACAUCCGGUUUGUUGUAUUUCUGUGUCAUAAGGUUUUCCAUAGGUGUCUGUCAAAAAUGUACACGCAUGUUUCACAAGAAAAAAAUCUCUUUGUUCGUGGGAGCGGAUGACAAAUUUGAUACUGUCGCAUUUGCCACUCAUUUAUCAUGAAAGAGCUGUAAUAUAUGAAACGAAACGUGUUGAAACGAUCAUCUUCCACUAUCUUUACGAGCGUAGGUUUUCGUUUCUUCGUAAGGGAAAGAUUUCCGUGUCAACCCAUAAUAUUCUAAAACAGAGCCUACGCCAUUUAAGUGACCAGUCAGCAUUCAUUACCUUUGGGGAUGGGGGGUGGGUGGGUGGAGAGGAUUUGGUGGGAUCGCGGGGGGGAACGGAAGAGAGACCAGUAGUUGCCAACAGAUAGUCAACUCCCCAACCGAAAAGAAAAACAGAACAAAACAAAAAAAACUUAAAAGAGUCAAAGGAAAAAAAUAACCCUAAUAACUAGUUUUAAAGUUACGGAUAGUUACACUGAAAUUUUUGUCAUUUUGUCAUUUUUGAAAUUUUUUGUCUAUUCGUCAGUUUUUUUUCUGAAAAUUCGCCAGCACCCACCCUGGAUGGAAAGGACGCUGCGAGUGUAAAGUAUGUUGCCGAAGAAUAGAAUUCAAUGGACCGGCCACAGCUGAACCCAGAACUUUCUGCCCUGAACGGCAGACUGUUCAUUACUGGUAUGAAAUAUCCACUCUCAGCGGGUGAUUAUUGAGCUGAAUUAUUUGCUCGACCAACGACGGUUUUGUACGUGCACAAGGGCAGAUCCUGGAUAGUAAGAUGAAAUCGCAACAUCACUUCAUACCAGGAGAACAUUAACAAAUAGUAAAAAAAACUCAUCUUAAAAAAUAAAGAAGAAAAACCUUUAAUUAAAAAGGAGGGAGGACGAAGAUUAUUUCUCGGGAAAGGUGGUUGUAGAGAAAAUUGCGGAGACAUGUACGUCGAAGCUUUUACUGAGUCGGUGUUAUGGAAGAAUUGAUGAGUAUUUAUUUUUUAUACAUAACUCACCUAAUUUAUACUUAAAAGGCAAGAGUUGACGGCUGUCGCGUCACACCCACACCUAUCUAAUUACCUAAAGUGUACCCCCCCUCCUUUACCUUCACUGAAACAGAAAUAGACAAGCAACAGAUGGUGGCGUGCUUCGGCUCCCAGUUCUUGAGAAUUAUCAGUUUAGCAAUUAUAUUUACGAAUUUCCAAAAGUUUUUAUCUAAAAAGACAUUAAUUUGAGAACUUUAAACAAUUCAGCUUCAGAAUUGUCGACCACCUAUCAGCAAAGAGAUCUAUAUUAGAAAACAUGCUAUUUUUAGGACGAAAAAAAAUUUGCAUUUUAAUUGAAUGUGAGUUGCCUCCUUCAUAAUAAAAAGUCAAAUUUCUGCACAUCGAUACAACGAAAGACAUGAAACGUUUUUAAACCUCCUCGUUGGAGUCAAUUGGAAUCAGCCUACAGAAUUCAGAUUCAAGGUAACACCCAGCAUGGCCUAAGUUUUUACUCAGAUCUCGAGUACAAGAGCUGGAAAUAAUGUAGAAACAAAAUCUGACCGUGAGUGACAUGCAUUCAGUACGCUUCUAGCAAUUUGUCAUUUCGGGUAGUUCGAGGUCCUGAGAGAGUUUCCAAAACAUGUUAUACUGCGGCAAGGAAGCUCGUUAACUUUUCCGUCGUAAGCUUAAAGGAAGAAAACGAUAGAAACACGGGUGAAGCAAAACAGAACAUAGAAAACAAUUGCGUUCUUUUAAUCUAAAUUAAAACAAAAAUAAACAAAUAAAUAAGAAAGACUUUUAAAAGAAUCAAACAUGCGAGAAAAACAAGACAUCAAAAGAACACUUUUUUUUGUUCCUUUUUACUUUUUUUGAGCAUUUCUUUGGAAAUUUUAACUUAGUUUCAGAAGAUUAUUUGGAUUUCGACGUAUUUCACGCGCAUGAAACGCAGAGAACAUCUGUAGGAUUGUUUUUCUUGUUUUUACUCAUGCUCCUUUAUUUAUUAGUUUCCUUUGAAGGUAACUUUGUAUUUUACUCCCAAAAGAGACAGUUUUGGUUAUGUUAGAAAAAGGACUGAAUCGAAAUUGAUAUAUUCGAUCGUUCGUGAAGAAAGAUUACAUCUCGUAACUUUACGGCCAUAUGGCCAAAACGUUUGUAGCUCGAGUAAUUAGUUCGAGCAUAAACAGUUUUAAAUUCAUUUCCAAAUAUUUCAAGGAUUUUAAUAUCUCGUAGCUUCACCGCCAUAUGGCCAAAACGUUUGUAGCUAGUGUAAUUAGUUCGAACAGAAAAGGUUUUAAAUUCAUUUUUUACGAUGUUGGAACAAAGAAUUAACCUUCGUCCCCUAGGUUGUGGAAAAAACUUAUGGCUAGAAAGCAUUAUUGUCUCUUAACACUGUUGAGAAAACUUAUGGCUAGAAAGCAUUAUUAUCUCUUAACAGAUUAAUGCAUUAUAAGUGGCUCUUUAAUGAUCCUGCCUCAAGUUUUCUGUCACUCAGAAGAAGACAGAAAACAGAUGGUCUUUGAUUCAAACGUUUCCUUUUGCGCUUUUUUGUCAACCCCACACGCGUUACAGAUGAAUGAAAUCCCUUUCCUUGAGCCUUUGAGUCUCGAAGUUUACACCGACUUGAAUCAGUUUGUCUGAAGGGGGUAUUCUCUAACUGAUUCAAAUUUUCCUUCUGUGUCCGACAUCACACUUAUGGUAAGCAUGAAUACCAAAUAAGCCCAAAAGCUUAAAAGUCUGUCAUAAAAGUUUGUAUGAUAAUCUGUAUCUGGCUUUCUUAUUUUUAGUCAUGCACCUUUAUUUAUUAGUAUCACCCGACAUCAAGAUUAUGGCCUCUGUGAUGAAUUUUAACGUGCAAGCCGUCGUUCUUUUUUGUUUGCUCAAAUUUUUAUCUACAAUCAGCACAGGUAUUGCAUUUUUGUUGUAACUAAUUAAUUUUUCAAAAAAAUACUCUUUAUUCAAAAUAAAUUCCUUUUAUUCCGAGAAUUUACCUUAGAACUCUUCUAGUUGAUAUUCUUUUUUCAAGAGCGUGUUUCAAACAUCAAAUUAGAUCAUUUUCACAUUAAGUCUAUCUCAACGCCGGCCCUAUUUGGACAUGUUGGUGUAAUUAGUAAUUCCUAGAGGAUAUCAACUCUUUCCAUAUGCAAAUAGUUUUUUUUCCGAUGAAUUAACACAGCUGCUCAUCAUGUGAUUGAAAACAUCCAACACACGUGCGCAUGAUUUGGGAGAACGAAGAAUAAAGUUUCAGUUAUAAAGUUAAAGUUACCCUUAAAAUUUCCCGCUUGAUGUUUUUUUUUUAUGCCUAAUCAGCCUCUACAAAUAUUUACAAGACCACUUCUUUCGGAUCAAAGUUAGUAUCUGAGAAAUUGUGCACCCACUCCUCCCCUAAACCAACAUUGGCAUUAUCAGUUGACUGUCGUUAGCUAGGUAAGGGGAGGGGAGGGUGUGCUGUUACUCAGAUACUGACGUUGGUUUCUGUUUUCCACGGCCCAUGAGUCUUUCACAAGUGUGUUCGACCUAACUCUCAUUCUGUAUUCCUUAUAGACACUAAAAGUCUUGUGAAUAAGCAUCUCAUACCAACAUAUGAAAUAACAUUCUUUAUAAUUGUAUCACUCAAUUUUUUUAGUAAGCCGAGGCAACUGUUUCCCCGGAUGGCACGAAAUCGAUCGGUCCUGCUUUAAGAUCGAUUCAUUUUAUAGAAACGCCUCCAAAGAUAAAGAUCAGGGAUACGACGUCUUAAAUUCAGCACGUGUUAAGUGCCUUGAGACGGGUUCGGACCUCGCUAUACCUCGCAGUCCCUCCCUUCUUGAAAAAUUGAGGGAGAUUAUUGGGACCCAUCCAAAACCACAUCUGCUUGGAGCUCACGACAGUUUUCGCUUGGACUUGAAAUGGUCCAGUGGUGCCCGAGUAAAUCCUGCCAUUUGGGGGCGUGCAAAAUCCAACAUUACUUUUGGGAACUGUGUUACGGCUAGUUUUUCCCCUGACUUGUGUGGGUGGCGGCUGAAGACUACGAAAUGCGAUUCGCUGAGAGGAUUUAUCUGUGAAACUUUAACAGGUACCGAAUUUUCUCGUAUAAGCCGCAGACUUUUCUGGUUUUGAUUUUUCGAAUCAGCUCCUUUAUAAGGAAGGGGUUUUAAUUUUAGGCCAUCCUCUUUGCAACUUUUUAUGUAUCACAUAUCCAUUAUCUUUUGAAAUCUUAUAGCUAAGAACUCUUGCGCAGCGGGUUUUUCCCACAUCGAUGGCCACUGUUACAAGAUUUACCACAGAGCUCGUUCCAAUUGGACGGACGCCUCAAGGAACUGCUUAAGAGGCGGUUAUCGCUUAGCUACGGUUAAUACCAGUGCACAACAUCACAGAUUAUCCAAUCUACUGGGAAAUCUUACUCUGGACCUUGAAAAACGAGAGUUUUACUUGGAUCGAGUUUCGACAGAUCUGGAUUCUUGGACGUGGAUGGAUGGAUCGCGUAUUGAUCCUAAUCUGUGGAAAUCAGGUUAUCCAAAACUGAAUCAGGCGAAAACAUGCGUGCAUCUUGAUGGAGAUGAAGCUGCAAUUAGUAAUCUACCAUGCGACGGGUAUGAUCCUGUUGGUGUUAUAUGUCAAAACCAAGAUGGUAAGUCGAUUUUAGUAAUAUUUUAAAACGACUUAAACGUAAGUCAUUAAAUUCUUGCUGUUUCCAAUGUAAGAAUUAGUGAGUACCAGCAAACUAUGACCGAGUAAAGCGAUAGUUAUUUGAUUGAUUGAUCGGUGAUGGCGAUGGACGAAUGGGGGUAUGGGUAAAAGGUAUUGAAUACUUAUACGUCAUAACCUACCCUAUGUUACGGACGUGAUGAACGGAACUUUUGACAAACGAUGUUAAAUAGCUACUUUUAGAGACCACGACUCGUUUUAGUGGCAAACUUCUCUGUUUUAAGAACUAAAUUAGUCUUCAUUUAUUUCAUAUCUCUGACUUAAAUACUUGUCACUUCAUGUUUUUGUUACCUAUUUUUCCGAAGUCAAUUUUAGUCUUCCUUAUUUUUUCCUCAAAUUACUUACAAAGUCUCCUUAUUUGAGUCAAAAGAAAAUUUGCAGCUCUUAUGACGUUGGUAUGCAAUGGUGUGUAUUGAUAUAAAGUAACUGAUCCCCCCCAUAAAGCUCUGUAAUAUUCUUAUGCCACCCUUCCCCCACCCCCACCCCCCUCAUUGGUGGUUAAUCGGCAGUAAAUGUUCCAUAGUACCCUCCUUAUACUCUGUUGGCGACGACCAACACCCUCUAUUCCCCCCUGAAAACCAUGAGAUCCCCCCCCCCAAAAAAAAAAAUUAUCUGAUAAAUAAUCAUUGGUCCACCACUGUUAACGAACCUUCUUUCAACUCACAAGUCAAUGUAGGCUUCAGAACUGCAGCCAACGCGUCGAGAGGGACACACCAACAAGGCCGUGCUCUCUCCACUAUCAAUAACCUCGCAUCUUGCUUCUCUUCCAAUGAGGUACUUAUGAACUCUUAUUAUCAUAAUUAUACCAUUCGACCCUCAGCAUUAAAAAUUGGAAGACACCAUUUCAGUUCGUUAAGUUAUGACGCUUCCGAUUUUGAGUAAUUAGGUCUGCUAUCAUAUAAACAACACCUACACCUACGCUGUUUGCUGGAUAGCGGAAAGCCGAUGACCAAAUUUCAGAUCUAUAAACUACAACCAAAUGGAUUAGAAAGCUAUUUUCCUCUAGACUUUCGCCGAUAUUUCUUCAAUUGUUCAACUGACGAUUUCGUGGCAAGAUGUGGAGAAAUUGGGUGCACCAGUCAUUUUUCUGUGAUCUAUCACCUAAUGAUCCUUGACACAGCAAUAUUGAUAUUUCCGCUAAGAUUUAUCUCAAUUAAAAAUGAACUUUAUUUCAAUUGUAGGAAUUUAAUCCAUGGAUAAAAAUUUCCCUACUUGGGAAUCUGCAUAUUUACAAAGUAAAGGUCAACGAGAGUCAUUUUCAUACGAGUAGCGAACUGUACCAGGUUCAAGUUUUGACACAUAAUUGGACAGUGUGUUGUCACAGAAAUGAAAAACGUGCGGGAUUAGUGUUUGAUUGUGUUCCCCCUGUGAAGGGCGUGGCCGUCCAAGUGCGCAAAAAGGGGAGCUCUAAACUUACUGCUCGCGAAUUACACAUUUCUGGACUAGGUAAGCCUAAAAACAAUCUCAUAUGAAUCGCGAGAAGCCUUUGAAACAGAUGCUCAGUCGUCCCCUAUAGAUUAAAAUAGAUAAUUAUAUACCAAACCUAUAAAUAGUGCUUUUUGCGUGCUUUUGCGCGCGCUGAUCGGCUAGUUCAGAAGAGAUUAGCGAAUACCAUAUUCACCCACGAGUAGUUGAAGGGACAAAAUCGCUCGUCAAGAUUUUAAUUUCCGACCACUGUUUGCAAUGUUAGUUUUCUGUAUGGUAUAUACUAAAACAAGUACUCAUCUCCAUUUCGGAGAGUAACUGUUAGUUAAAAAUUGAUAAAGUAAUUAUUCAGUGUGAACGGUUUUCGUUUCGCUUCACAGACUCCAAAUCUGAUGGAAAUGGAGUAAUGAGAGAGUUGUGGAAUAUCAGCAAUCUGGAUAACUACGACUUAAACGAAAUAGACGAAGAGACUGUGAGCGGAUGGCAUGUCAUUAAAAGUCUUAACGCACCGUCCGAUCUUGGUUUUGGCUACGGACAGAAAUUAACCACAUAUUUGCAGGUAACCAUUAGUUGAGCAAAAGCAAAAGGAGAGGCACACGAAUGGGCCAUUCACCACUAGGAAGCACUUAAUCGCUCAAUCAUUUGUUUACAGUCUGUUACUGAGUCACCAGUCAGUCAGUCAUCAGUCAUUCAGUCAGACAGACAUUCGGUGAGUGAGUCGGUGAGUCAUUUAGUAAGUGAAAUAGUGAUUCAAUCAUUCAGUCAGUCGGGGAAAAAGUCAGUCCCUGAGUCAUUUGAUGAAUUGGUCAAGCUGUCAGUGAUUCAGUCAGCGAUAGUUGUUGAGUCAGUCGUGAGUAGUUUGUCGGACAGUGAGUCGGUCAGCGAAUCGGUCAGUUUAUCUGUCCGUGUGUCAGUCAGUGUAUCAAUCACUAAAUUAUUCAAUAGUUCAGUUAGUCAGUAGGUCAGUCAUCUGGUAAUUCACGUAAUAAUUCAGUCGUUUAGUGGUUUAAUGGCUGGUAAGUCAGCCUCUCUAUCAAAAAGGUAUUCAAUGAAUAUGUCACUUACCACGAAAUUUAUUUACACUCGUCCGUGUCUAGACAUCACUUUUACGUGAGGUUUAUUAUUUCAAUUUCUUAACAGAUAAAUCGAAGUGGAAACUUUACUUUUUAUAUGACUUGCGCUGAAAGAUGUGAGCUAUGGCUUGUAACAGUGAACGACUUAGACCCGAGCGCAGAUUUAGACAAAAAUAUUCUGGUGCAGUUAAACGAGUCAACUCAAGGCUGGCACAGGUGAAACAGACAACUUCCUAAAAAUUACGUAACACCUAGGGUCCAUAGUUUCAACACCUUACUUUGUGAUCAGAAGUGAUGAAAACAAACCAAUUCGAGACUGCAAAAUUUGAAGGAGUUUCGGCCCUUACUUUUUCUGCCUGAUUUCAUAGAAAUGACCAAACAUAACAAAAAUUGAUAAAUAAAUAAAAACAUCGCCACACCCUUUACCGAGAAAUUUCCUUUCUGUUAACUUCCCCAGGCCGAAUUCGAUAAAUCUGUUGAGAUCAUUUCUGAAUACGGCUGCUUGACAUCAAAAAUAGUUUGCAGUUUGGCUACUGCCUAGUUUGAACAUAAAAGGCUCUCGGAUUAAGCAUCGUACAAGUAAAAGUAAUGUUAUCACAGCAGACUAUCACAAAAACAAGUGGAGCUAAAGAUAAUUCAGAGUAAAGACAUUAAAAUCGAGGAGCAGAAAAACACAAGUAACCAAGCUGUCACUGGUUUGAGAAUUUUAAUGGCUGAUCAGAAAGUAAUUCAACUUUCUUGAAUAAUCACUGAGUGAACAAAGGUUAAGAAAGGCGAAAAAAACAUUUAAAUCCUGGAUUACUUUAAAGAAUCAAUUGAAUAUUAAUUUUAGAGGAAGGGGGACUGAUUUAAGUUUUUAUUUUUCAUUACUUCCUAAUAGCCGGCCAAUCGAUCAAAGUUCUGGUGUCAGGUCUCUCUCUGAGUGCUAUUUUUACAGAAUGGAAGUUUUCAUGACCAACAAUUUUUCCAGUCAUGAUCAUUUGGCUGUCGGAGUGAAGUUUCCCAACGGAACAGAACAAAAACCGAUGUCUGGCAACAACUUGUACUGGUUAAAACCAGGUAUAAACCUUAAAUUUACGUUUUUAACUCUUUUUCGAAAUUCGUAACUCUUGAAUUUAUGAUUUCAGUCUACUUCAGCAAAUCAUCUCGACAGUCAUGAGUACUCUUAGCCUAACAAGUCUCUAAUCAAUUUUUCUUUGAACUUUCUCAGGAGAAACUACUUUAGAAAUACAGCUAAGCGAUCCAAGUGAGGACGCCACUAUAGAAGUUGGUUCUAGCCUCAGCGUCGCUGGUUAGUUAGUUGUUGUUAUUGCAAGCUUAAUCGUUAUAAUUUCCGUUACCAUUAUCGUUAUUGUAAUUGUAAUAAUCUUCAUCAUUAUCGUUGUCGCUACGUCCCCGUCCCCGUCAACGUUUUCUUACUCGUCACCGUCACCGUCACGAUCAUUACUACCGUGACCGUUAUCGUUACCGUUACCGUUAUCUUAAUCGGCACUGUCACAGUCACCGUAACUGCUAUCGUUAUCGUUACUGUUUUCGCUGAUGUUAUUGUUAGUGUCGUCGUCAUCCCGAUCUUCGUCGUUGCCGCUGCUUCUCUCAUGAACAGUGACAUAAAGCAGUCACAACGGUAACGUCAAGGACAUCUUCGAUCGAAAAAGUGAAUUAACAUUUUAUGCGGACUUUCACGAAAGACUCCGUGACAUUCUUCUCUCUAACGGGGCUAGACCUCCAAUUCAUUAUGGCACACGAAAGCAUGGUGAGUUCCAAAUAAAAGCUGGAUUAAUUUUCUGUUUGGGUUACCGUUUCCAGGUAACGGAGACCUAAUUGUUACUUUCACUCAACUGUUUUAUAAAGAGCGGCUAGGAAAUAUACAAAGUUUUCUCAAAAUACACGUGUAAAAAGCUGUUGUUCUCUUUUUCGGAAUUUUUUAGUUUUUUCUUUUCUUGUUACGGUGGCCGUGAUGGUUUGCUUUAAGUCUGCAAGUUUAUUUUUAACCAUACAUUCUCAGGGUGUUCGUCAAAUAAUAGCCUUAUUCUUGUGAGUUAGAAACCUUUAUCAAGCUAAUCAAUGCAUUCUAAUAACUUGUAUUUCCAUUGUUUUUAUACCUAAGGUUCUUACAAAUACUAUUGCCGAGGAGUUUUCUGUCCGAGUUGUAAGCUGGAUCUCGGUUUGCAUUUGCUUAAUAAAACCUUUCCCUUAAAUUCUUCAUUGUCGAUGACGUGCAAAGAAAUAUCAUUCCAAGUUGAGACGGAAGUGGCUGUUAAUCCCGGAGUCUACGUUGUUCUAGUAAGCAAUAGUAUCACUCUCAAAUAAUGAACUUUGAAAUUAGUAACUGUGGAAUUUGAUUAAUGGAGAGAGAAGGGGGGGAGAAAGGGAGAAAGAGAGAGGGGGGGGUAGAGGGAAAGAAAACGGAUAUGUCACCGCACUGGUGGCAGCUUGAUGCUCUAUGCAUUAGUUGAAUUUAACUCUUAUUUGUUAAUCCGGAUUGACAGGCCAACUACUCUCUGGUAGAGCACGGCGGAAAACUGUCACCCAUGCUCAAACCUCUGGCAAAUGUUACUGUUCAAGGUAUGAGAUGAUUUAUAUUGUCAAUCGCAUGAAAAAGUCCUCCUCACCGUCUUCGCUUCAGGGUUAGCUAUCCGCAAUUAAACGCACUUAUGUACCAAGUUAUUUUAAAAGAGGAAAUGAAAAAACAUGAAAAGUGAAGUGGGAAAGGGAAAGAUAAAUGAAGUAGAAAAUGGCGCAAAAUUAAACUGAAUGCUUGCUUCUAAUAAAUCUACCAGAUAAGUACGUUUUUUUGUACGAGAACUUCGGCUUUUACAGAGAAUGGUGAGUACAUUCCCGUGUUAGUGUGAGGCGUGUCGGUUGAAAGGAGCCCUUGAUCCGAUUUGAAUAGUUUUGCGUAGCCUAUGAUACAGAGGACCACUUCAUCACUCUAACUAAUUAAGUUAUGGAUAAUAUUAGGUAACCAUACGUAUGUUACUGUACUGACUGAUUUUUCAUCUCUUGUUCGUUAUCUUUGUCAUAUUUCCCCCUGUCUUAUAGCUGCCGUGUUGCAAAACUGCACCUCACCCACUAACUUUUGCAAGUGGAACACAAGUGCAAUUACAGGGAACAAAUGGAACGGGGGAGGUAUUUCAUCAUCAGAUUUCAAUUCCUUUCAGUCAAAAUGAUUGAAAUCGAGUAGAGAGUUGUAAAGAAGGCAAAAUUUGUUAUUGAAUAAACGCCGACGCUUUUUUGAAAAGAUGAUUAUUAGAAAUGAGGGAAAAAAAUAAAAAAAAUACUGGUGAAGCUAUUUCAUUUUCUCUUAAGUUAUUUGCAGAUAACUUUGAGAAAGGACAGUUGUGGGCAGAUGCGUCUGCAAAGCUCUAUUAGAGGUUGAAUCAAAGCAAAGUUUUGUAUGAUGAAACUUAACUUUAAAGAAAACUUUACCAAGGAAUAAUUUUUAACAAUUGUUUUUUUUUUAACAGUGUUCAGUAUCGGUGGAAAAGAAAUUUGGCUGCAAAGCACUUUAUUACCAUGGAAAGAAGCGUAUUCCAAAGUACCAACAUGUCUCCAAUUCAAAUACAAUACUUCAUCAAGCAACAGCUCCUUUUUUUAUUUAAAAGUAUCUGUGGUACAACCAAACGGGAAGAAAUUUCCAAAGUGGUCGAUAAAAGAUGAGCAAGGAAACAAGUCGACAUUCGCUCAAGUUUCUUGGAAAUCAGAGCAAAACAUCACGGUAAAAAGAAUUCAUUUUUCGCUGAAUAUCAUAAGCUCUUCAAUACUUGAGAAUUGAUUCAUUUAACAAAUUCAGUUUAGGGCGUUAAAAUCUUUUCAUUCCCCAAUACGUGGAUAACGCAGAAGUCUUUAUGAUCUGUUUGAAUACAUAUUCAUGAAACCUGAUAAAGAGAAUUUGUUGAACAAUCACUAGGUUUGUUUAAGGAACAUUCGCUUUAUUUUCAUGACCUCAAUGUCUGAUUAAACAGCGAUACCGUGAGAAGAAAUUAGAUAAUAGUCUCUCUUAGAGGUUAUGGACUUGAGGGCUCAGUAUGUUCGAUCACCUGUAAAAGAUUUACUUAUGAUAAGUCCGACCACACUCUGAGAAAUGCAGAUGAAAAGAUCGGCCGUGCCUGACAAAUUGAAUGUAAAGAAAGAUGUUACUUCAUUUUGUUUCAAUCUCAUCCCAAAAAGCAGAAUCCCCCACGCGAAAUCGAACCUCAGACCGUCAGGAUCUGCGCUCCAGCGCUAUACCACCAAGUCACAGAUAACUCUAUUUAAAAACGAAGCCAUCACUCGGUUUGUGUCGAACAAGCGUCCUCCAUAUUGCUAUGAUCAGCUUGGUCGAAAGCAUCGUGUGAGUAAAUAAUUGUAAGGCUACUUUACAACUUAGAUCUUGCGGUUCAUUUCAAACAUUUUUUUUUAAUUCAUAGAUUCGAUUUGAAGGCAAGACAGGUACAAGGGGACGGAUGACGAUAUAUGAUGUAAUAAUAAAAACAUUGGAGUGCGAGCCACAACCUAUGAAUGCAGCAUUAGGUGGGUAAUGUACAGAGAACAGGACAAUCAUUGAUUCAAUUAAAAUCCUGAAUAUUUGCAGGCAUUAAUCGCAGGUUACCUGUUAGCUUUUUUCUACACUUUUAUGUUUCGGUGAAUGGGGUACAGAGGGGGAUGAAAAAACGAGUGAAGCUAGGUGGAAAAUUAAUUUCACUUUAAAUACAUUCUGCUGUGAAAGGUACGUUAGUUGUAGGCUGUAGUUGAUAGAUAAAGAAAUGAUGAAUUGUCUCAUAAAAAGAAUCCGUUACAACAGAUAAUGAAGAUCGGUCUGCUUCAAGGACAGCGGGCUGAAACGCACCAUUAGCAGCUAACCAAUAUAAACAACAUGCUUCUUGAAGCGACGCGCUCUCGCUAAUAGAACUCAUUGCUAGCGGUGUUGCAGUUGAAAUGUUGCAGCGGAGUAUACAUCAUAUUUUAUUAGGACCAAGUGAAGUUUUGUCCCUUUGGCAUCACUAUUCAUGCAAUCUGUAAAAACAAAAACAACUUUUAACAUCUUUUAGUUCGUUUGCCUCCAAGAUAACAUUCCACCUCGCUAUACUUGUUUUAGGAGGGACGCACUGUAACAAUAAAUUACGACAAGUCAAGUUUUGUAAUGAACGUUUUGACGCUGAAAAACUCUGUGAUGGAACCAAAGACUGUUCAGAUGGUAGUGAUGAGUUAAAGCAUUGCAGUAAGUGCACAUAAUUUUGAAAUGAAGUAGCAAAAAUUACAAAGGUGUGUAUCUUGAUUAACCCCCUGUGUUUGUGGAUGACGUUUAAGACUUGAGUCAAAAUUCCCAAAUCAUCCUUUUUGGUAUCCUUUGGUCUCUUUUCCGUGCCCCUGCAUCACCAAGUUAUUCAUGUGACUUCAACUGUACGCUGGUCAGCUGUCGUGUCCCAUUUCUACCCUAAAACCUGCUACUGUCUUUGCACUUCUUUUUGAUUUUAACUCACAUUGGUUUGUUCCCCUUCUUCUUCAUCCGUAACCAUUGAUGCUCCUUUUUGGAUUCCAUUUUCCUAGUCGCUUCAAACAUUUGUCACGGAGCCAAAGCAAGUUUCAAACUUCCCAACUUUCCCAAGAAAUAG